AACCUCCGCAGGCGAGUCUCCCAGAGACCGCAGAAAAGGAUGAGGCCCAUAAAGGGCCGCUCGGCGUUUAGCGUCCGCGGUGCAGUCAGCCACGGUAGCCCCGAUGACGGCAAGCAAGCGCCAUCGCGCUUCUUCAGCGUCUGCAGCGGCGGGCGAUCAUCCUUUCAAGGCUUCGCCGGGACUCAUUUCCGGCCUCGGAAGCCUUCUGAGACCCAAACGCGACACUGCGUCGGCCUCAUGAUGCCCAUCUACUUGGCACCGUUAAUUAUCUAUGGAACGCCGUCGAGCCUCUGCCUGUACUCCGUACUGCUGCCGCUGUGCUGGUGGCUCACGUCAUCGGUUCCUCACUGUGUGGCGGCUUUCGCUCCUGUCGUAACUUUGCCGGCGCUACAAAUCAUGAGCGCCGACGAGACAGCAACCUACUUCUUCGAAAGCAAGUGCAUCGAGAUGACCGCUCUCCUGGUUUUCCUGACGGCUGUGCACAUGACUGGUAGCCUGGUACCGAGGAUAAGCUUCAAGAUUUGCAGCCGCUUUGGAUUGCAGGUGGACUGA